AUGGCCUCGUGCUUCACAAAAAAUUGCGAUCCAUAUAUCUUGACCGACUUCAUUGUUCCUGAAAAUCGGACUGGAGACACACUAGAUGGAAAUUUCUUCACCUUCACUGGCAUGUGCGGAAUAUUUGGCAGCAUUAUCACAAACUUCAAAGUGACAAAGGCGAGCAAGGCAGAAUUUCCUGCUUUAGAUGGCCAGAGCACUUCACUUGCUGUCCUUCAGUUCCCUGGCGGGGGUGUGAACCCGCCCAACACCCACCCUCGUGCAGCCGUGCUCUUAUUCAUGGUGCAAGGAAGUCUCCAGUUUGGUUUGGUGGACAGUACUAACAAGCUCUACACUCGGACAUUACAAUUCAGGGACUUGUUUGUGUUUCCAAAAGGACUAGUACAUUAUCAAUCCAAUUGUGAUUGGAAUAAAUCAGCCAUAGCUGUUUCUGCAUUUAGUAGUGCCUAUGCUACAACAUUGUUUGCUACUGGUGUCGAUGAUCAGAUUCUCGCUAAGUCAUUCAAGACUGACGUUGCUACCAUUCAGAAGAUCAAGGCUGGUCUCUCAUCCUAG